UUCUCUCUCUACAAUACAAUACACAAAUACAUAUACAUAGAUACAUACAUACAUACAGUUCGCAGGAUCCAAUCUGAGAGAGCUCGAGACAGAGACAGAGACAGAGAGAGAGAAUAGAAACUGCUCACCUCUCUUUGACAAUUUUAGCUCAACUUCCAAAUUAAUCUCCUUCAAACCCAAGAAACUCUUUAUUUAUUUGAAGUAAACUAUAUAAUACUUUAAACUAUUGUCAUUCUUUGAACCUCAAACAAAGUCCUAGUUUUCUUUUGGGUUUUCAUUUUUAGCCAAAGUUUUAUAUAUAAAAGGGUUAAUCUUUUUUCCAUUUUCAUUGAGCGAUCUGGGGUGGCUCCUUCGUACCAGGUGCUUAUCUGUUCUAAUAUAAGGUGAUAUUUAAGGAAAUCCAUCAUGUUCAAGUUGUCACCACGAAGGAACCAGAGAUCAAAAGGUUUCAAGGUGAAGCAUGCUCUGCAGCUAAUCCUGCUGGCUGGUGUUUGCAUAUGGCUGGUUUACCAAGUCCAGCACUCCAGUAACAAGAAGGCUUCAUUUGAAAGAGGCACAAAAAUCUCAGAGAAGGUAAGCAACGGGAAUGAAUUUCUAAAAUUAGGGAGGAAGGAUCUCAACCCUCGAGUGGAGGAAAAAACCAUCGAUGAUCAGAAGCACGAAGAGGAAGAAAAAGAAGAAGAGAUCAAACAUUUCCCUGAAGAAAUUAAGCCCGAAGAGGAUGAGGGUGAAGGAAAACAGGGUGCAUUGGAUGAAAUACAUGAACAUGAUCAAGAGAAAUUAGGAGAGGAAGGUGAAAAUGGGGGGAAUUUUAUGGAGAGGGAAAAGGAGAUGGAAGAGAGGAAAGAGAAUGAGCUGAAAGAGGAGGAGAGGGAAGAAAAUAUAGAGAAGGAAAACAAAGAGGAGGGUGACAAUGACAAAGAGAGAGAAAAUGAGGUGAUUAAAAAGGAUGAAGAGGAAGAGAAGGUAAUGGGAGAGGGAGAGAGAGAAGACAACAAAGAAAAGGCUAGCGAACAAAAUGAAGGUGAACAGAAGGAAAUUAAGGAGGAAGAUAGAGAAGAGAACAAGGAAAAUCAAGGUGGGGAGGAAAGUGAACAAAACAGAGAGAGCGAGACUUUGGAGGAGCAUGAAGGGAAGGAAUUUAAAGACGAGAACGGAGAGAUCAAAGGGAAUGAUAGUGGAGAGACGAAAGAGAAUGAGAAUGAAGAAAAGGAAAAUAAGGGAGAGGAGAAGGAUGAGAGCAGAGGGACUGAAAGAAAAGAAAGAAAGGAGAUUGACACUGAAGAAAAGGAGAGAGAAAUGGAGAAAGCAGAGAAGGUAGGUAAUACUGAGGAUUCAAAUCCAUCAGAGGAGCAAAUUCGUAAUGGAAAUGAUGCAACCAAUGAAGAGGCAAAAGGGGAAGAUCACAAUGGAGAUGGGUCUUCCACUGAAAUAGUCAAGGAUUCUGAAAAUAAGACUGAAACUGAGAGAGGAGAUGUAGAGAACUCCAACGGGGAAGAGCUGUUAAACAACAAGGAACAGAAGGAACCAGAGGAGAACAAUAUUAGCAACACUGAGGUGACCAACACGAAUCAGAAUGAGUUGAGCUCAAACAUGAGAGAAAGUGAGACAGUUGAAAAGAGUGAUCCUUUAGAUGCGAUGGACAAUGAGGGCAAGAAUGGUAAUGAGACUGAUCACAAUGCAACCGAAACAAAAGAGUCUGAUGAACACAACCAAGAGAACAAUAGCUCCACAACAGCAUCUAAUGGAGAAACUACAUCUGAUUCUACUCAACAUCAAGAUGAAUCAGCAGAUAAAGCAGUUUCUAAAGAAGAUGACAUGAAGCAGACUGAUUCGAAUGAGCAAACUGAAACAACCGACACGGUUUCCAGAGAUGAAAAAACCACAAAAACUGAGGAUACGGGCGGAAAUACAAAUUUGGAUUCAACUCAGUCCACUACAACUGAGAAUGUGGGUGAAAACUCGUUUUCAGACUCAAAUGGGGACCCCUCAGAUUCUUCUACUAAAAACGACUCUAGUACUUCUUCAGAUGGGCAGAACAUUGACUCAAGUACAUCUACAACCACAGAGAAUGGUUCUGUUUCUUCAUCAACCAAUGAGAAUGAUAACACGGUUCAGAACAAGGAAUCCGGUAGUGCAGAGGAAAAGGCUACUACAUCUAAUGAAAAUGAAAAUGCAAAUGCAGAUCCUACCCAGAAUGAAUCAGUUAAUUCUUCUUCUGAUUCUUCAGCCUCCAAAGGUGAGAAAGAGGCUUCAUCAAACAAGAAUGACGAUGCUGAUACCGCUCAGCACGAUCCAGUUGAUUCCUCUGAUUCAUCGAUCCCUCAAGAAGAGAAAGAUGCUCGCACGGAUUUAGGAACUUUGCCAGAGAUCCAAACUGAAGGGAACAACAAUGACGAUGCAGUUGCAAAGUGACAUCAUCUUAUGAAGUGGUUAUGAGGUUGUUUUAGCAGUUCGCUGUUUGUAGCAAUUAAUUUCAUUGUCUUUUACUAUUUUUUGUCUCGCCACCGUCUUCUUUCUUUUUUUUUUUUUGGUCAUUUGCAGAGAUAAACGAGCAAAGCAAAUGUGUAAAAUGUGUAACCUUUUGUUGUUUUUCUGCUCUGUGCUCUUUGUUACAGCCCCGGUUUGUAACUUUGAGAAAAAUGUUCAGUUUUUUAUGACUCAAGUCAUUUGUUAUUUAUUGAUGCAGCGCUUAACCAGUCCAUAAAA